GGAGCAGAGGAAAGGGGGAGGCCCCACUGAAAAGGACUGACUCUCUGCAGCCGUGAGUCAGAAGUGAUGACUCUCCACCGGGGAAGUAUUCGUCUCCUCACAAAGAAGCACUUUGCGUCCAUAAAGUGGCUUUAAAAAGCGGAUUAUUUUAAAGACUCUCAAACCUUCUCAGUGGAUUUAAAAACUUUUUAAGCUCUUUUUCCGCAAUUUUUUUGAAAACAUUUUUUUUUUUUGUAUUUCAUGCCUUCAGUUUCACCGCAGCCGUUUGACUCCUGCUCCUCACAAGCCCCCCCCCCAGCCCCACACCCCCGCUUCUACCCCCUACCCCCCACACAAAGGGGGCCAAGUGUUUCAAAGGGUCCAGACCCCUGACUUCCACGGACGCCGGGGGAUUGCACGGCCCAGGAGAGUGAGAGUCAGCGGGGGCAGCACGGGGCCGGCGACUUGCUGGAUCGGCGUGUGCGACCUGUGAUGACCACAGGGGCGGCGACGUUUCAUCUGCCGGGACGGCAAGGAGUUUAACGGGGAAGCCGAGCGGCGAGGACCGGCAACUGAGACCACCCACAUCAAGGUCAAGAACACCCCCCCACAGCCCAGAGACUAGAAGCAUGAUGCUACUCACAGUUGUUCUGGUGCUGAUUUUGGCCUCUGGGCCACUAAGCGUGACAGCGGGAAGGGCCGAGCAGUUUGAGAGCAGUGACGAUGGCCCAGAGAAGGACUUUCUGUAUGCAGAGCAGCCACCGCCACGGACGAGGUAUGGGCGCUCCCCUGACGACGCCCAGCAGCCGGAAAAGUGCUCCUACACCUUCAUCGUGCCGCAGCGGAAGGUGACGGGCGCCAUCUGCGUCAACUCGCGGGAGCCGGACGCUCUUCUGGAGAACCGCGUCCACAAGCAGGAGCUGGAGCUGCUGAAUGGGGAGCUGCUGAAGCAGAAGCGACAGAUUGAAACCCUGCAGCAGCUGGUGGAGGUCGAUGGCGGCCUGGUCAACGAGGUCAAGCUGCUGCGCAAGGAGAGCCGCAACAUGAACUCGCGCGUCACGCAGCUCUACAUGCAGCUGCUGCAUGAGAUCAUCCGCAAGCGGGACAACGCGCUGGAGCUCUCGCAGCUCGAGAGCCGCGUGCUAAACCAGACGUCCGAGAUGUUGCAGCUGGUCAACCGCUACAAGGACCUGGAGCACAAGUAUCAGCACCUAGCAGCGUUGGCUAACAACCAGACAGACACCAUCGCCCGGCUGGAAGAGCAGUGCCAGAGAGCGCCCCCUGUGGUCCGGCCUCCGCCACCACCUCUGCCCCAACCCCUGCCUCAUCCUCAGCCACCACCUCAACCACCUCUCAACAAACCCUACCAACCACCGACAUACACGCGCAUCACCAACCAGAUCACCAACGAGAUCCAGAGUGACCAGAACCUCAAAGGUCCUUUGCUUCCCACAAUGCCCAAUGGAACACACAGUCCGUCCAUCAGCGACAUUCCAUCAGGGCCGUUUAACGACUGCCUGCACGCUCUGGAAGAGGAGCACACCGACAGCGGCAUGUAUCUGGUGAGGCCCGAGAACGGCAACCGGCUCAUGCAGGUGUGGUGCGACCAAAGACACGACCCCGGCGGCUGGACCGUCAUCCAGAGGAGGCAGGACGGCUCGGUAAACUUCUUCAGAAACUGGGAGACGUACAAGCAAGGCUUUGGGAACAUCGACGGCGAGUACUGGCUAGGUCUGGAGAAUAUCUACUGGUUGACCAACCAGGGCACCUACAAACUUCUGGUCACGCUGGAGGACUGGUCGGGCCGGAAGGUGUUUGCGGAGUACGCCAGCUUCCGGGUCGAGUCAGAGGCAGAGUUUUACAAACUGCGGGUGGGGCGUUACCACGGCAAUGCAGGAGACUCCCUGACCUGGCACAACGGCAAGCAGUUCACCACGCUGGACAGGGACCAUGACGUGUACACAGGUAACUGUGCCCACUAUCAGAAGGGAGGCUGGUGGUACAACGCCUGUGCCCACUCCAACCUCAACGGUGUGUGGUAUCGGGGGGGCCACUACCGGAGCCGCUACCAGGAUGGAGUCUACUGGGCAGAGUUCAGGGGCGGAGCCUACUCCCUGAAGAAAGUGACCAUGAUGAUUCGGCCAAACGCCAACACCUUCCAUUAAGGGAAGAAAGCAAUGAAACACAACGGACGAUUUAUGUCUAGGCUGGACCUCAGUGCCCCGAGUGUUUUCAGUAUUCCAAGGUCUUUACGUCAGCUUUUUUCUUCUGCUUUUUUUCAAUUUAUCUUGUAUAUUUUCCUUUAAAUAUGUAGACAUUUCAGUCUGGGGAGUGCAGUGACCUCUGAGAAGGUCAGACGGACAUGCCAGUGGCAUUGGCCCGUAAAACUCAUCCUGAAAGCCUUUGAUCAGGUUCCCUCCAUUCUACACAAUAAAGGGUGAUCGCUGAAUGUUUUUCUUGCUUUGCAUUUCGCUGAACGGAGGUGCACAGCAGUAACGCAGCAAUGAAUGAAACAUGUAGGACUUAAUUCUCCACAUUGCAUCCCAUUUCCUUAUACGGCAAACUUGAAAAACACUAGCAAAAGAAAAAUAGACCCCAUAGAGUAGCAUUUACCGUGCUUGAUGAGGAGUUUAACAGCAAAUCGUACCGUUUAAUUCUUCAAGGCGUCGUCUAUAAAUAAUAUGUAAAUAAUCAAAGCUUUGUGCCAUUAUGAGCCAAGUGUGCUAGUCUUGAAAAUAUUAAUCGUAAUCAAUGUCUGGGUGAAAAUGUGACACAGGAGUACUAAUCCAGUGACAUUUAUGGACAUAUACAUUUGAAGGUAAGCAUUUAAUGUAAGUCAGUGCGUAACUUUAGUUGGAUCUGUGUUGUGAGAGACCCUCAGAUGGAGAUAAUGGCCUAUUUUUCUGGGACCAAGGAACGGAAGGCAGUGCAACACUGUUGUGGACACUGCAUGUGGUGUAAGAUGUUCCCUGUGGAUAGGGGAUGCUUUGGGGAUGGGGACUAGCUAGAAAGUCCAUGCAACCAUCUGAAAGGCCCAAGAGAAGGUAUGUAAUCUCGCACUGUCCUCAGCACAUCGGUCUGCUGCGCGUGUGUAAAUGAGCGAAUCUUCACAAAUCCGCAUUUGCAUGUUAUGGCAAACUAUCGAGGACAGUUCUGUAGCGAGGGAAUUGUCCAGCAUCAUCAUCAGCCAUAAUAACAGUUGCAGUUAUGCAGUUAUACUCACAGGCAUGAUCUUUGCUCAUUUUAAACCUUCUCUGACUUAAUUAGAUUAAUGGAAAAAAAGAAACGCAAAGGUAUUGUUGCUUCACCAGUGUUUUAAAAAAUACAAACAUGCAAAAUGGAUGAGAAAAACCAUCUACGCCAGGAGUAGGGAACCUGAUCCAUGGAGAGCCGGUGUGGAUGCGGGUUUUUGGGAUGAUCUCUCAGUCAGCCAAUAAUAAAGCAGUGAUUCUCAGCUCCAGUCCUUGGAAUCCACUGUUAUUGGCUGAUUGAGAGGCCAUCCCAAAAACCCACAUCCACACCGGCUCUCCAUGGAUCAGGUUCCCUACCCCUGCUCUACGCCAUACAGGUCUUCUUGAGACAUGAGUGAAUGAAGACCUGCUGAUGUGGGAAAUUUAUUUCUCUGGGUCAACCGCAGUCAUCUACAAAGUACCCAUGCUGUUAGUCAUUUUACCUUCCGUUCGGGUGUCUGAUGUGAGUCAGUAUGACUGUUAGCAUUGUCACAUAAGGGGGCACUGUUGCUUUUACCGUAACCCCAAGCUAUACAGACUGUAUAACUGUUGCCACCACAGAGGAACCAAUGUGCCUGUUGUACAUAAAUAAUUGGAUUAAAGUAUUUUUGUAAUGUAAUGCAAUGAGCCCCUAUAUAAUCCAGAUUGUUGCAAUAAACCAUGUACAGCUA